AUGGUGCCCACUGCCACCUCCCGCCUGUGGGACCUCCCGCGCCCGAAGGGGUCCUUCUGCACGGACGGCGCCGGGCCGCCCCGCGCACUGCCUGAGCGGUCGGAGGAGCCAGGAAGUGGCAGAAGGAGCGGUGCGGUGAGGUGGGCCCGGCCCCAAGGCGACCGCCGCCCCGCCGGGCCACGCCAGGGCCCCGCUGCCUGGCGACAGCACCGCGUUGCUACGCGACGUCGUCCGAGCUGGUUCGCUCGGCAGCGCCGCGCCCCGUUGCUAGGAGACGGCACAUGGCCGCUCCGCGCCUGCGGGCUCCGGCCGCCGCACGACACCGCGUGCGAAGGAGGCGAGUACUUCCGGCGGGGGGAGGGCAGCAUGGCGGCCGUGACGGGGGCUGCAGAGGUGGCCGAGCCCGUACCUGUGCGGACACCUGCGUCAGCGUCGUUUCUGGCCUUGGAGCCACGGCUGCAGCACGAGUUCCAGCAAAAGGUGCAGCAGCAGGGCCGCAAGAAGCGAGGGACUAAGGAGGAGUUGACGCCGGGCGUAGUGUACGUGGGACACCUCCCGCGGGGGCUCUGCGAGCCGCAGAUCCGGGAGUACUUCGAGCAGUUCGGGACGGUGACGCGACUUAGGCUCUCGAGGAGUAAGAAGACGGGAGGUAGCAAAGGCUACGGAUUCAUUGAGUUUGAGUCUGAUGAUGUGGCUAAGAUUGUUGCAGACACGAUGAACAACUACCUGUUUUCUGAAAGGCUUCUGAAGUGUCAGUUCAUGUCUCCUGAAAGAGUCCACGAAAACCUCUUCAAAAACAGUAACAAAGUGUUUCUGAAGCCCUCUCAGCCAGCAGUCAGGCGGUACAAUAAGGUUCGUUCACUGGUGCAGAAGGCAAAGAUGACAAAGCGACUGCUACGAAAGGAGAGGCUUCUACGGAAAAGGCUGGCUGAGAAGGGACUCGACUAUGACUUCCCAGGAUUUGCUGCACAGGAGCUUCCCACAAAGAGAAUUAAAGUUAAAACACCCAAGAAGUCAAAACUGAACGUUUCUUUGAGCAGCCAGGAUCCUACUCCAGUCUGUACUCCAACAGUGCUCGAGCGCCGGAAAGCUGGCCAGGUGGACGAUGACACAGAGGACAAUGAAAUAACUCUCAGACUGCCCCCUGCCAGCGUUAAGAAAGCUGUGCAGAGACAAAAGAAGCAGCCAAGAAAAAGACCAAACCUGAAGAAACCGACGUAAAAUUUUGACUGUAGCCAUGUUUUUUCCUCAGCUCAAAAAGUGGCAAGGUGGAACUUGUUGUGGUUCUGCUGCCCUGGCUUGAUUUGCCUUGACUAGGCUGUUUCAGUCUAUCCUAGGCAAGGAAUCUCUUUGCAAUCCCCUCUUAACCCCACCCUGUUUAACCAUCGGGACCUGCAGCCUUCUGCCUUUGAAGAUACUCUUGACUUUGUGCUCACAGGUGCCUGUGCUGUGAAACACCUACAGUUAUGUCACAAUCUUAAUUCUGUAACUUGUCUCUAGCACUCAGUGCUUUGAAAGAAAGCAUUAGGCUGUGCAUUCAGUACUUGCUGAUGCAGGUAGUGUCUUACACCUAUAAUUCAU